AUGGCAGAUCCCAAUACCCGUCUUCCUCUUUCACACCAGUCGGUUUUGGAAGCUCAUAAACUCAUUAAGCCGCAUAUACAUUUCACCCCGGUUCUUACAAAUAGGACGAUUGAUGAGAUAGCUAGUACGCCGCAGAGCUUAGAGGCGUUAAAGGGGACAGAGUGGGAGGGAAAGGAACCUGCGAAACCAAAAAUAAGGUUAUGGUUUAAAUGUGAGAAUUUGCAGAGAGUAGGCGCGUUUAAAGUUCGCGGUGCUUUUCAUGCGUUGAAGAGGUUGGAGGAGGCGGAAGGUGGGGUGGAUGCUGGGUAUGGGGAUGGAGGGUGGAGAGAGAAGGGGGUGGUUACGCAUAGUAGUGGAAACCAUGCACAAGCCCUCGCACUCGCAGCCCGCGAACUCAAAAUCCCAGCCCACAUCGUCAUGCCUACAAUUUCCACCCCCUCAAAAAUAGCAGCUACAAAAGGUUACGGCGCACAAGUACGUUUCAGUGGUUCAACAUCCGUAGAGCGAGAAGCAAUGGUCGAAGAAGUGAUCAAAGAAACAGGCGCGAAACUCGUCCCGCCAUACGAUCAUCCAGAUAUUAUUGCAGGUCAAGGAACUAUGGGUUUAGAAUUGCAGGAACAGGUACGGAAAUUACAAUUUGAGAGGGGUGUCAUUGGGGCUCUUUCAUGCCAAGACACCGGAAUCUCCGUAUUUGGCGCAGAACCAGAAUUCCAAGGCGCAGACGAUGGAAAACGUGGAUUUCGUCAGGGCAAAAGAAUCGAGAGUGUGAAAUCGCUCACGAUCGCCGAUGGACUUCGUACUCCCGUGGGAAAACUCCCUUGGGAUGUUAUUUAUGAGAGGAGACUUGUGCGGGAUAUGUAUAGUGUGUCGGAAGAACAGAUUCGGAUGGCGAUGCGUUUGGUUUUUGAGAGGAUGAAGGUGGUGGUGGAACCAAGGGGGUGGUGGAGAGGGAGGGGGGGGAGAUGGGGUGGGAUGUUGGGGUGGUUUUUAGUGGGGGGAAUGUGGGGGUUGAGGCUUUGGGGGGAUUUUUUUGAGGUGGGUAGGGGCGAGGGUGGUGGUGAGGUAGAGGGGGAGAGGGAGAGGGAGAGGGCUGGGGGGGUUGUUGAGGAGGGAUGGAAGAGGGUGGCGGAGAUAUUGCGGGGUAGGGGAUGUUUGGAUGAUGGAUGA